AUAGUGAAAGAGGAGUGGCAUCUAUCACCGUUGCGUCCGUUUGGUUCACUUAGGAACCAAACGGACACAAACGGUCCAAAAAGGGGAGGAACCUACCUGAAGUCGUCCAAUAAGAAACUAUACUUUUCGUUGCAAAAUAUUUACCGUUAAAACGUUUUGCUACGACAUGGAUUAAUGAAUACACCCCCAGGGUGAGAGCGAGAGAGAGAACACCGAUGACUUUCUAUGAACAUGGCCGCUCAAGAUGAACUCAAUCAACUGGAGAGAGUUUUCUUGCGUUUGGGCCACGCCGAGACAGAUGACCAACUCCAGGACAUCAUAUCCAAGUUCCUGCCCCCAGUCCUCCUCAAACUGUCCAGCGUGCAGGAGGGAGUCAGGAAGAAAGUGAUGGAGCUACUGGUCCACCUGAACAAGAGGAUUAAGAGCAGACCUUUGAUCCAGCUACCAGUAGAGACUCUCCUGGUUCAGUACCAGGACCCUGCUGCAGCAUCCUUUGUUACGAAUUUCACCAUCAUUUACAUCAAGAUGGGUUACCCUCGACUGGAGGUGGGGAAACAGUGUGAGCUGGCACCAACCCUGCUGACUGCUAUGGAGGGCAAGCCUGAGCCCCAACAGGAUAGCUUGAUGCACCUGCUGAUCCCAUCCUUGUAUCACAUGAAGUACCCAAAGGACUCCUCCAACACUUCCAAGAUGGCCUCUCCUUUCAUCCUGAUGGAGAAACCCAAGACGGUUCAGUUACUGCUGGAGUUCAUGCUGGACGUACUGCUGAUGCCCUACGGGUUUGUCCUGAACGAGCCUCCCACUCGUCCAGCUCCCUCGUCCCCUCAGGGUAGCGCUGGGGCAGCGGCGGCCGUACAGGGCCUCCCCCAGCCUCCUCCAGGGAUGAGCGUCUACGCUGCCAAGAGGGUCAUCGGAGAGGCCCAGUGGAGCCCAGAGCAGCUGGAACAGUGUAAGCUAGGCAUAGUGAAGUUCAUCGAGGCAGAACAGGUACCGGAGGUGGAGACGGUGAUACACCUGGUGGUCGCCUCUAGCGACACGAGACACGGCGUUGCCACGGCCGCAGACCUGGAGCUCAAGAGCAAGCAGAGUAUUAUCGACUGGAACAACCCCCUGAUCAUCAAUAAGAUGUACAAGGUCUACCUGGGAGACAUCCCCCUCAAAACUAAGGGGGCCAGUCUGAAGAGGGAGCUGAAACAUGAGCCAGUCAGCACCAGAGUCAAGAUGAAGAUCCUACCACAUCUCCUACGCUCACGCCUCGCCGCUGAGUGCUUCCCCGCUAACAUACAGGUGGUGUACGACGGUCUGUUUGGAGCCAACACCAACAACAAGCUGCUCUCUCUCACACUUCAGUUUGUUCACCACAUCUGUCAGGUAUGCCCUGACACCAACAAGCCACUGGGUCUGAUGCUGCUGAAUGGCCUCACCAAGCUCAUCAAUGAGUACAAGGAGGAUCCUAAGUUGCUGUGUAUGGCCUACUCUGCUGUGGGGAAACUCGCCAGCCGAAUGCCCCAACUCUUCACCAAAGAUAUUGCUCUGGUCCAGCAGUUCUUUGAGGCCAUGUGCAAGGAGGAGCCUGACGUCCGUCUAGCCAUCCAGGAGGCUCUGUCUAUGAUGGUGGGAGCCUACGCUAACCUACAGGGGGCGCUACUGAAUCUGAUGGAAGCUCUGGUGGCAGCUUACAUGGGCAAGCCUGAGGUGCAGGUGCGUCAGGUGGCAAUGAAGUACGCCAGCACGGUAUUCGCUCCUGAUCACGUGCCCUCCAGAUACUUGCUCCUAUUGGCUGCCGGGGACCCGAGAGAAGAGGUGUGCAGCGAGGCCCAGCGUGUCCUGAGGGCUCUGCCUGCUAAGAACUCGGAGAAAGAGGGCCGUAAACCCAUGCCCUCCUUCCCUGACAUGGUGGCCUACAUCCAGGAGAAGGCUGCUCAGAGAAUGAAGACACCAGCUAAGUACAUCGUGGGGACGUACACUCUACCCUUCAACCCUUCUGCGUUUGGCGAGAUCGUGCUGUACCUGCGGAUGUGUCUGGCCCACAGUGCCGGGGCCACGCCCGUCUCUAAGAGCCUGGCGGACAUGCAGGACGACGCGCCUGCCAUCGGACGCUACAUCAACACCCUGCUCUCCAACGACCCCCUGACCUCCCCGUCCUCCACCGGAACCAAGGGGGCGGAGGUCAACCCUGUACAGGUCUACAUGGAGCUACUGCAGCAGCUGCUGUCUGCUGUAGGAGGAGUCCCUGUGAUGUACUGUCUUCUGGAGGUGGUGUCUGUCUGUCCUCACAACCUGGCCCCCAAGUUUAUCCACAAGAUCGACUGGAUCAAGAGUCUAAUGAACACCAACAAGGAGGACCUACGGGAGCUAGCAGCUCAGCUCUACGCUGUGGUGGUGUCCACCAUGUCAGGAAACGAGCUGAAGACUGCCGUUCAGACGCUCAUCAAGAUCACUAAAGAUACGCACAGCCCUGAGACCCAGCACGGAGCCAUCAUGGCGCUGGGCUACAUGGUGGCCAGGUACAUGAGCAAGAGGAAGUCCUUCGCUAACGGAGACUCCGCCCUCAACCGGGAACAGAGGAUGAACGACACGCCCAAGGAGGAUGAGGAGCUGGUCGCUAUAGCAACCAAAGCCAUCGGCUCUUUCCUAGACAGUGGUUCCCCCCUGCUGGCGGUCGCUGCCUGUACGGCCCUGGGGGAGAUCGGGAGGAACGGGACUCUGCUCAUCCCUUCAGAAGGAGAGGGAUUCACCAAACUAGCCAUGGUGGAGAACAUGCUGGCUCGCAUCCCCUCUGGGAAAGAGACCCUCAAGGUAACCAUGGAUACAGCAGCGUUUCGAAGUACGGGUGGUUGUGAUGCUAUACUGUGAUAAUUCCGCUCUGGG